AUGUGGAAAAUUACAGAUCUGACCGACAACUUCCAGUGUGCGAAAUUUAAAAUGGCAUUCGAGAAUCCAAAUAAUACACGUGUAAAAUACUCAGCCCCGAAACAUUUCGAUGAUUUACAGAAGAAUGUUGAUGAAGUUGUGGAUGUCAUGAAAAACAAUCUUGACAAAGUAUUGGAACGUGAUAGCAAACUUACAACACUUGAAGGGCGAGCCGAUGUGGAUUCUUUUGAUCGCUAUUAUUAUUGGCCUGAUUAUUAUUAUUGCUGGGCUACUAAUGGUGGGGGACAAGCGAGUAAACGUUUGGCACAAACUCAAGCGCAAGUCGAUGAAGUUGUUGGUAUUAUGAAGGAAAAUGUUGACAAAGUGCUUGAGCGUGAUAAAAAUUUGUCUCUUCUUGAUGAUCGAGCUGAUGCACUUCAACAUAACGCAGCACAAUUUGAACAACAAGCUGGAAAAUUAAAACGAAAGUAUUGGUGGAAAAAUUGCAAGAUGAUGAUCAUACUGGGGGUGGUUGCUACAAUUUUUACAAUUAUUCUAAUCGCCUGGAUCGUAACCAAAGUGAAAGCUGUAAAACCAGUGCCAACUCAAGAUGAAACGAGUACAGCUAUAUCACCAAGCGAUGCUGGAAUACCACCAUAUGAUGAACCGGCUGUCAAAUCAGGUCGAAAAAAAAAUCACACAAUAACAAUGUCACCGACAUCUCUAAGUGGUGAAUUAUUAAAUGGUGAUGCGCCAGAUCAAUCGGUUCAAGCUCCAAAUGAAAUAAUAUUACCAGAUAAGACUGAAAAAAAAUCUGUUUAA